CUGCUGUGAUACAAAAAGUCGUAUACGGCUGUGAGAUGCCGUGGAAUGUUUGAAGAUGACGAUGGGAGAAAAUAAAAUUUGCAGUGCUUACAAGGGAAAUUAAAUUGAGCCAAGUUGUUUUACUCUCUUAAUAGCAUCGAGGAGAUCAACAAUGUGGACAACAAUAGUAAAUUAUAUAUUUUUUGCGAAAAAAAGCGCCGUUACUCAUUAGCGGUCUUAAACUGAACUUUCGAAGAGAUUGCCGGGAGGGGUAUAUUGUAUCCCUAACCUGAAAGCUCGUUUAAAAUUUUAGGUUAGAUUUUGGAAUAAUGUCAGCUGAAGAAGAAAAACAACCGGAACUUCGAGUAGGACCUGAUCCUGACGCUGUUUAUCCAAUUAAAGUUCAAUAUUGCGGAAAUUGUUCCCUUCCCAUCGAGUACUGCGAAUAUUACCCAGACUAUCCUAAGUGCAAAGAAUGGCUAGAAAAGAAUUUGCCGUCUGAAUUUGAAAAAGUAAAACUAGUGGAUGAUGCAAACAUAGAAGCUGGAGGUACUGAAGAUGAAAAGAAACGACAAAAACGAGGUGGAAAGGGUAUGCUCAAGACAAAGAAGAAGGAAGAGGUACAAAAAUUGGUCACAGUUUCCAGAGCUCCGAGAGGAAAGAAAAAAUCUGUGACAGUUGUCACAGGACUCAGUACCUUUGACAUCGACUUGAAAGUAGCAGCAAAGUUUUUUGGUAGCAAAUUUGCUUGCGGAUCAAGUGUAACUGGAGAGGAUGAGAUUGUGAUACAGGGUGAUGUAAAAGAUGAUUUGUUUGAUGUGAUUCCUGAAAAAUGGCCACAGAUUGAUGAGGAUUCGAUAGAUGAUCUGGGAGAUCAGAAGAGAUAAUGGGUUGAUGAAAAUUAUCUACGCACAAGACUAUUUAAAACAAUAUUGUACUGAUGGAUGUUUAUUAUAAACAAAUGUAUAUAAAAACGAGGUAAAAGUGUAACGUUUUUUUCAAAAGGUAUACUCCUCAGUCAGCACUUUGCUCUUCCUCGUCCAAAUGUUCUGCAAUAACUUUUAGUAAAGCUUCAAACUGUUCUUCGGUCAAUCGAUCUUCACUGUCCUCAAUUAUCUGAAAAACAUCCAGAUUAUUUUACAUUACAUAAAUGAAUAUGAAAUAUUUAAAAAUCAUGAAAUAAAUGAACAAUUUUAUAAACAUAAA